UUCCAGCAUCUGAGGGCCACUGCCCAGAAUCAGCAUUGCAAUCUCUCUUACACGCACUAGCUAUCCUGAAUGUUGCCAGCUUCCUCAGUCGACAGAUUUUCAGGAAAUCAAGAGGAUCUGGUCUACAUCUCUGGGAGAAAUCCAGUGCUGUUUAGCUGUGGCUUGCAAUAUGAAGCUGUACAUCAAGGCAUAUAUGGACAUACCUCCAUGAAGAAGUGUGCAUGGUGCAGUUUUGCUGCCUGUUUUCACAGAAGAUAAUGGAAGGCACAACAUUUUUCCACACAGGCAUAUCAAUUCUAAUGGUAGUACUGUGGCUAGGAACAUUGCUGCAAUGCCCUCCAGAUUCCCCAGGAUUUGCAAAGCAACCAGCAGUCUCCACCCUAACUCCUAUUGUCUUGAGGCAAGAAAUUCUGAAGUGGAAUGGAUGGGGAUAUAAUGACUCCAAAUUUAUAUUUAAUAAGAAGGGACAAGCAGAAUUCACAGGAAAAAGGUAUAGGUUGAGUGGUAUGGUGUUACCUGUUUUGAAGGAAUGGAUGGAAAAAACCUUAGGAGCAAGUCUGGAGCACAAAAUUACCUCUAGAGCUUUCUUAAAUACUAGUGAUGUACCCCCAUCUAUUGUAAAUGAAGAAUUUCUUCAGGAUCUUAGAGCCACUAAAAUUUCAUAUUCACAGGAUGCAGAAGAUAGGGUGUUCAGAGCUCAUGGUCACUGCCUACAUGAGAUAUUUGUGCUAAGGGAAGGAAUGUUUAAACGAAUUCCCGAUAUAGUUGUAUGGCCAGGUUGCCAUGAUGACGUAGUUAAAAUUGUGGAACUAGCCUGCAAACAUAAUCUUUGCAUAAUACCAUUUGGUGGAGGAACAAGUGUUUCUAGUGCUCUUGAAUGUCCUGCAGAUGAGAGAAGAACUAUUGUUUCAUUGGAUACAUCACAAAUGAAUCGAAUUCUCUGGGUCGAUGAGAAAAACUUAACUGCUCAUAUAGAGGCUGGCAUUGUUGGACAGGAUUUGGAAAGACAGCUUGGUGAGAGUGGUUACUGUACAGGCCAUGAACCAGAUUCUAUGGAAUUCAGCUCCCUUGGAGGAUGGGUGGCCACACGUGCAUCAGGCAUGAAAAAGAACAUCUAUGGAAACAUUGAAGAUCUGGUGGUUCAUAUAAAAAUGGUAACCCCAAGAGGAGUAAUAGAAAAAAGCUGUCAAGUACCUCGCAUGUCAACAGGACCUGACAUCCAUCAUUUCAUUAUGGGAUCUGAAGGAACCCUUGGAGUGGUUACAGAAGUUACAAUAAAAAUUCGGCCAAUCCCUGAAUACAAGAAGUAUGGCUCUGUAGUAUUUCCUAACUUUGAACGAGGAGUGGCCUGUUUAAGAGAAGUAGCAAAGCAGAGGUGUGCUCCUGCAUCAAUUCGCCUUGUGGACAAUGCACAAUUUCAGUUUGGGCAUGCUCUUAAACCACAGGUUGCUUCAAUUUUUACGUCACUUUUGGAUGGGCUGAAAAAAUUCUACAUCACAAAGUUUAAAGGAUUUGAUCCGAAUGAACUGUGUGUAGCUACAUUACUCUUUGAGGGUGACAGAGAGAAGGUUCUUCAGCAUGAAAAGCAAGUUUAUGAUAUCGCUGCCAAAUUUGGUGGUCUGGCAGCUGGAGAAGAUAAUGGACAGAGAGGUUACAUGCUGACAUUUGUCAUCGCUUACCUUCGGGACCUGGGCCUGGAUUACUAUGUAAUAGGAGAAUCAUUUGAGACUUCUGUUCCCUGGGAUAGGGUUAUAGACCUCUGCAGGAAUGUAAAGGAAAGAAUAGUGAGAGAAUGCAAAGAAAAAGGUGUCCAGUUUGCUCCGUUAUCCACCUGCAGGGUGACACAGACUUACGAUGCAGGUGCAUGUGUCUAUUUCUAUUUUGCCUUUAACUACAGGGGAAUUAGUGACCCUGUUCAUGUCUAUGAACAAAUUGAGAGAGCUGCUAGAGAGGAAAUCCUCACCAAUGGAGGAAGUCUGUCGCAUCACCAUGGAGUGGGCAAGUUGCGGAAGCAGUGGAUGAAGGAGAGUAUAUCUGAUGUUGGCUUGGGGAUGCUUAAGUCUGUCAAAGAAUAUGUGGACCCCAAUAACAUCUUUGGAAACAGGAACCUUUUAUAAAACCCUUACUGUCUGAAAAUUUCAAAAUUACAAUUUUUAGCCUCAUUGUACUGUUAUCCCAGUAAUCAAAUAUAACAUGGACUGAACUUUAAAGCUAAUAUCUUUUAUUGGUUUUCCUCCAAUAAAAUGUAAACAUUCACUAUUAACAUUCACAGAUUUACUGACUGUACCCCUAAACCUCUCAACACACAACCUGGCAGAGGCACAUCAAGGUAUAUACCUGUUUGCAAAUGCAGAUAUAGCAUUCCAAGUUUGGUUAGGCAGUACAGCCAAUGAUUGUAGUUUCCAUGCUGGAUGAAGCCAACUGUUCUUUAUUAAAGCAUCCCCUGAAAGAAGAACAAAGACUGACAUUGAUGUUGUCUUCAUAAACAGCUGCUCACUCAGCCUCUUGCUAGAGGAAAGUUGCUGGGAAGCACAUGAGAGGUGGAUUUCACUAAGGGAAUACUUCUGUGUGCUGAAGCAUUAAGCAAAUAGCAGUAUAAAUAUAGGCUUUCUGUUUAAAAGAUGCACCAUAGUUCUGUGGGAUGUUUGGCUUGUCAGUCUCCCUUUCAGCAUCAUUGGAAAUUUAAAAUCUUUGAAAAGAAUACUUAACUAAAGUGUAGCCUGAGUUGUAUUUGCACUGCUGGGAUAAUCUUUAAUAUGCUAGUCAGUCAUUGUAAGUUUUUGUACAGAACAGCAGACAUUUCUCAUUGUAUAUUAACAGGUUUGUUACAUAAAAUUGCCUUCAUGAACACUGCACUCCUAAUGUGUCUAGUUUCACUUUAUUUUUGUGGAGAUGCAAAAUUCUUUUUUUCCCAACAGAGAAUGUUUUGGCUAUUUUAAAAUAAAUCUUUGCCCAGCACUGUAUCUUAAAACAGGUCUCAACGGUUUCAAGGUUCAAACAGUUUUAUUAAUCUAAAAUGGAGAAUAUACUGUCUGGAAAUGAAGUUUCCAAUUUUAAUUUCAUAUUGGCCUUUCCGAAUUACUGGUUUACAUAACUAGAAGCUGCAAAUGUAGUCCUCCAUAUAAUAAAAAAUAUGGAACUUUGUUUAAGAAAAUAUCUGUACAACAAUAUCAGAUCUGAAACAAUUUUACAUUAAAACCAGGAUCUUAAAACAAGUGAAAUUAAAAUUUAAAACUGU